AUGAAUCCAUCUCCGGAGAUUUUCGAUAGGCUAUUCAAGCCUGGUGAAGACGACAUCGAAUGGAUUCGUGCUCGCAUCGAAAAGCACUUGAACGCUUGCAAGAGAUACUUGAACAUGCAUCCGUCCAAGGUAGAAAAGGCUUUAGAUGAAGCUAAUGACGCCAGUUCGCUUGCAGUGGCAGAAGGAAUGGUGAAAAUUGACCGCAAGAUUAAAUUCUACCGGGCCGAAUGUCACAGGAGACUAGAAGAGUGGAGAGAGGCGGGCAAACUGUAUGAGGAAUGUGUUGUUGAUGCACGGGAUGAGAAGUACCUUGCGGGGAUGCGAAGAUUGUGUAGGGAUAAGUUGUCGGGGCCACGCAACGAUUCACGGCUUAGACAUAAAGAAGGCUGUGGGAACUUGAGACAGAUGUCGAGGUCGCACAAUGAUAAGGUUGAGGUCUAG